UUUCAGAGAUUGAAGACCUGGACAUCUCCAAGGUCAUUUCCUUUUUUGUUUAACCAAGAGGUUGUACAGACUUUUCUGAGAGUUGGGAGCAGAGUGUGAUGCCAGGAGGGAAUGGAGUUGGCAGAUGGAAGCCAAAGGUAAUGGGGGCAUAAAAAGGGAACCCGCUCCAGAAUUGGGUUGUUGCCAUAAGACCAAGACCCUGGGGAGCACAAGGGGCUCCCUGUCCCCCAGCCUGGACUUCCAGCUCUGCCAAGGCAACCAGGUUUUCCCAGCCCGCAGGUCACUUCCAGAUACAGUGGAUGCCCAUGGCCUGUCCUGUGCCAGCUGGCUGUGCCCCUUGCCGUGGGCAUUGGCCAGGUCUGCCCUGCUGGCCUGUCCCCAGGGCCUGGACCUAUACCUGUGUGCCCUGCAGCCGGCACCCCUGGGCACAGCCCCACAAAGUCUCAAAGAGAACGCCUUGAGCACGAAGCACCAGUCACCAGGGCCACAUGCUGACUCUACCGAUGACCAGAAACUCACAGCUAAGUACCCUCAGAGCAGAGACAAGAUGGGAAGCCGACCAGAAAGAGAUGGCAAAGGGGCCUCCUGCCCAUCCUUCCCUCUUCACAACAGCUCUUCCCCAACUCCCUGGCAGAAUGGAGGGAGCCCCAGCCCCUUGGCUUUCUGCUCCUGCCGCCUGCUUGCUCCCAGCUCCAAAGAACUCCCAUUCCAUCUCCACCCUUUCUAUCCUGCAUACCCACUUCUCCUGCCUCCACCUUACCUGUUCACCUAUGGGGCCCUACCUUCUCUCCCAUUUCCUCCCUUCUUCAUGCUGCCCCAAGACACCUCCUAUCCCACCAUGGCUAUGCCCAGCUUGCUGAUGACUGUCAAUGACCCUGGGCCCCACAGUGCCCCUGGGGAGACCCUGCAUCCCUACCCAGGGACCUCCCAAGACCCUGGCCAAACUCAACCCUCCCAGACCAGGAAUCCAGGCCCUGGAGCUGCCAGGCCCUACUCCCCAGGGCUGGAGCGUGCUGGCGAGGUAGCUCCAGCAAAGCGGGCCCCACCGGGCUUCCGGGCGGGCACCACAGCCCUGCCUUACCCGCUGAAGAAAGAGAAUGGCAAAAUCUUGUACGAUUGCAAUGUGUGCGGCAAGAGCUUCGGUCAGCUCUCCAACCUCAAGGUCCAUCUGCGUGUGCACAGUGGGGAGCGCCCGUUCCAGUGUGCCCUGUGCCAGAAGAGCUUCACCCAGCUCGCCCACCUGCAGAAGCACCACCUGGUACAUACUGGGGAGCGGCCCCACAAGUGCCCGAUGUGCCACAAGCGGUUCAGCAGCUCCAGCAACCUCAAGACCCACCUGCGCCUGCACUCAGGGGCCCGGCCCUUCCAGUGCAGUGUCUGCCUGAGUCGCUUCACCCAGCACGUUCACCUGAAGCUGCACCAUCGGCUGCAUGCCCCACAGCCUUGUGGCCUAGCCCACACCCACCUGCCCCUGGAGUCUCUUGCCUGCCUUGCCCGAUGGCACCAGGGGGAACGAGAUCUUGUGGCAGCUCCAUCAGAGAGGCAGAUGGGCUGGGAUGUGGACAAGGUCAAGAUGACCUUGGCAUCGCAGAAAGCAAGGGCAACCAGCCUGACCAAUGGUGCCAGGACUUCCCUGGGGAGGGGGGAGGGGCAGAGCAAUUAAAGGAUUUUCUCUGAUGAGUCGAGGCCUCCUGAGCUUCAACAGUGGAGGAGGAAGCCACCAUGUAUCUGCCAGACCUCACACCCCACCUGGGAGCAGGUCAGGAGACAGCCAAGAAGAGCCUGUGCUGCCUGUGCAAGGGUGGGUGCCUGCAGCCAUCUACCUCUGAGGGCAUUGGGGUUCCACUUCCUGUCUGGGGCCUGUUGGGGACCAGGCCCUCCAUCUCAGCUCACCGAUGGACAGUCCAGCCCUCCAGGACUCUGCAAGGUGCAGACUGUGUUGCCAAGCACAGGGCACAAUGCCCUCUUUUCUGGACAGAUUUUCCAGCCCCUGUCCAGAUGUCUGUCUGCUGCUUCUCACCACCUGCUUGUCUCUCAGUUCCUAGGAGGCCCCUGUGCCCCCUCAGCUGGUAUUCUCUGCCAUGGUGGUGGUGGGGUGUUUGUGCUUAUUCUUCUGUACAUGCCAGGAUCUGAGCCCCCUGUCGGGGUGGAGGGGCAGGAAUGCAGGAUGUCAGUGUCCACUCAAGACCCAGAAGCAUGAUGUCCCCUGUGUUCCAGGACCAGUCACCAGAGAGGGCAAAAGGCUAAGGGAAAGGGGUGCCGAGCUCAGGGAAGGGGUAGAGGCCCUACAAGGACUACUACAAGGGCAGCGAAGAACUGGCAGAGAGGGCCUGGGGACCUGGGACCCUCCUGAUGACCUUUCUCCUUGCUGUCCCAGAGGAUCCCCUCAAGUGUGCAAGUGUUCCCCACCCCCACCCGAGAGUUAGAGAGGCAGCAUCAGGUGGGAAAGGACUCUGCUUGGGAGGCAAGAGGCCAGGGUUAAAAUCACAACAGCUGUUUUUGAAUAAUAGCCGGCUAACUGGCAGCAGGGGCGCAGUUCGCACCCGUGUGGAUUUCCGAGCGACUUCCCUACCCGCUGGGCGGGAUUCCCGCUCUGUCGUAAGCUCUCCAGGACCGAGAGAGAACUCCGAGGGAGCCCACCACGGCAGAGCAAUGGCAGGGUCGGCUGCGGCCCCCACAGAUAAUCAAAGUCCAGCUGCCAAGACCACCCAGUCACCCUUUUGGCCCCGGGCCAAUGCCAACCACUUGGGUCAGGCCCCGCCCAGUCGGCAAGACCACGCCCAUUCCCAUUGCCCCGCCCUUGUGUUCUAGCGCCCCCUCCUUCUGGUGGGGAAGACCUUCCACUCAGCCCCGCCUCCUGGCCCCCGCUCACCCCAGGUCCCUCGCUCCCCGCCCACAUAGUACAGGCCCAGCUUGGGUCAGGAGGUGGGGCUGGGGGAUACUUGCACCAGGUGGGCCCCAGGCACCUCUAGAAGGCCUAAAAAAGUAGCGCGGACAGGGCCGAGAGCAGGGCCUCCGAGAGGGGGCUCGGCGUAGCAGCCCGGGGACUGCGGCCCGGGUGGGGACAGCCCCUGGGACAUGGGCACCUCUGGGUAGGUCCUCCGCCCGCACAGACUGCGGGCGGGGCGGCUGUUUGCUCAGGGGGGCGGGCCGGAGGAGGCGUUUCUCCGCAAAUGAGCGGAUCCGGGUGGCCCCUGCUGCCCGGAGCGGUCAGGUGCCCCUGCAACCCCAAGCCCGGGGCCUUGCCCUCGCCAUGGCAGAGCGGCGCGGGGGCCUGGGGGCUCGCCUGGCCCGGCGCCUGGCCGGGCUAGGGGUCCGCAGGGAAAGCAGGGAGAAGCGGACCCCGAAGGAGGCCAGAGCCCCGGAUAGGUGAGGGGGAUAGGGGACGGCCACGCGGGGCGCCCCUGGGUCCUAUGGUGUGCGUGUGUUGUGGGGGGCGCCCAUGGGUCCUAUGGUGUGUGAGUGUGUGUGUGUGUAUGUACUCCCAAGCUGGGCCUGCACGAGAUGGGCCUGAAAGAGGGGCCUGGGAUGAGUGGGGCCAGAGAGUAGUCGAUGUUCAAAUAAGUGUGUACGAGUGUCUCUCUCGGGGCAUGAAAAUACACCUGUGGAUGUACCAUGAUGUUGGAUACGUGAAUGUGAAACGAUCUUUA